AGAAUUCAUGUAUGGAACGACUUUGUAUAUACACUGCAGAUGUUUCAUUGGAUGCAUGUCAACAUAUAGUGGAAGAAGGCAAAUACUGCAUUUCAAAUACAGAAGAUGAUACGACUGUAUUCCAGCAAAUACGAGAGUAUAUUUCAAAAUUGGCAAGGACUAUGCAAUCAUGGAAUAGAGCUUAUCCUUUAAAGUUUAUUCAUCUAGAAAAACGCCUUCAAGAGAAAAGACUAGAGUUGCCAAUCAUUUCGUUUCAGCAAAUUCAGAAUCUCUCUUCUGCUACAUUAAAUCCAUUAAAUGAUGAAGAGCUUAAUUUGUUUUUGAGAUUUCACCAUGAAAUCAGAGCUUUAGUAUAUUUUGAGGAUCUUCCUGAUUAUAUAAUUCUAGAUACACAGUGGUUGUCGGAUGUCUUUAAAUGUAUAGUGACAGCAGAGAAAUUUCAAUGGAAAGUGAGAAGCAUAAAAAAUAAGGAUAAAUGGGAAGACCUAAACCAAAGAGGAAUUUUACAUAGUGAAGUUUUGGAAGAUAUAUUCAACAAACAACAAUCGAUUUUGUCCCAACAUAAAGAUUAUAUUCUGAAUGUUAUGGAAAAAUUUGACAUACUAAUACGUCCAAUAAUAUCAGUUGGAGAUGUUACCGCUGAAAAAUCCUGCUACUAUGUACCUUGUAUGGUGAAAGAUAAACCUGAACGUGAUAUUUAUGAGAUGUUUAAUGUGACAAAAGACACAUGCAAGAAAUCCACUUGGUUUUGUUUGAAGUUUAGCUUUCUUCCAACACACCUGAUGAAUCAUUUGAUUGCUUCACUAUGUCGGGAAUAUGAAGUUUCCAAAGUUUCUGACACUAUACAGAAUAAAAAGCUUAUUGCCCUUUUCAGCGGUACUGCCGUCUUUGACCUACAAAAGACAAGAUUACAGAAAUUACUUGUAACUAUAUGUCCAAAUUUAAUUCAGAUUCAAGUUUUAGAAUUUAAGACGAAUGCAGUUAUUAAAAGAGGUUCAUACUCACACAUUGCAGAUUUUGUUGAGGGGGAGAUUAUCAAGAUAAUAAGUACUAGAUUCAAGAUGACAAAUGUUACAUUUGAGAAAAAGUGGGAAUGUGGUAGUGUAAAGCCAGAGUUUGUGACAGGUUCAAAUGACUUUACUGAAGAACAGAAUACAGAAUAUUUCUGUGAGACAUGUACAGCAUCACACAAAUUGAUUGAUGAGUGGUCAAAACACCAAGUAAGUGUAAUUGAAUUAUUGAAGUGA